UUUUUGCUAAAAAUAAAAAAAAGGGGUGAGAGAAGGUGUUGGUUUGGUUUGGGGAGCGAGAGCGAGAAAAGAGGAGGAAACAAUGGGCGAGGUAUCUGAAAGUACCACGACGAAGAGGAAGAAGAAGGGACGCCCCUCUCUUUUGGAUCUUCAAAAGCGAUCUCUCAAAAAAGAACAGCAAAAUCACCACCAGCAGCGACAAAGCAACAACUCCAAUUCAGCCAAUUCCCACAACAACAAGAACAAGACCAACAAAAACGCUGUUCCCCACGACGACGACGAGGACGAACGCAAGGAGAAGAAACACAAGCUCCUGGUCGGUCUCAAUUCCCAUCUCCAGAACCCAACAUUAUUUCCCAAUUCCCAACCCUUCAAUUCCGAUCCCAACAAGAGGCGCAAGACUAUUGACCCUCUCCAAACGGAUUGGAAGGUUCCGAAAGCGACUGACAGUAAACAUGGUUCGCAGGGAGAGUCCGGUCCCACUACGCCUUUGCCAGACAAAAAGCUCUUGCUGUUUAUCCUUGACAGGCUUCAAAAAAAGGACACACAUGGGGUGUUCUCUGAGCCUGUGGAUCCAGAAGAGCUUCCUGAUUAUCAUGACAUCAUUAAACACCCGAUGGAUUUUGGAACUGUGAGGAAGAAAUUGGAUGAUGGGCUAUAUACCGACUUGGAACAUUUUGAGAUAGAUGUGUUCUUGAUAUGCUCUAAUGCAAUGCAAUAUAAUUCCUCAGAUACCAUUUACCAUCGACAGGCCCGAGCCAUGCAAGAGAUUGCAAGGAAGGACUUUGAGAAUCUGAGACAAGAUAGUGAUGAUGAUAGUGAACCACAGCCCAAAAUUGUGCAGAAAGGAAGGCCACCAGGCAAGCACUCAAGAAAGUCACUGGGACUUGGUAUGCCUCCUUCUGAGCGUGUUGGUCCUGAAUCUUCUUCUGAUGCAACUCUGGCUUCUGGUGCGGAUAUUGGUAGUGGCUCCAACGGUUAUAAUCUAAGAAAAGUACCCAGCAAAUUUCAGCCCACAGAUUCAUCUGCCAGGGCCUACAACAGCACUUUUAACAGUGGAGGGUAUACUGGCUGUUCUGAUUGGGAGAAUGAAUUUCCAGCUUCUGUUGUUAAAGCUGUGCUAAGAUAUGGAAAGAAGCAGUUUGCAGUUGAUGAGACCAGGCGUGAUACUUACAAAAAUCCAGUGACUUUAGGAAAUGAACGACCGAUGUUGUCCACAGUUGAAGAUGAAUUCAAGCAACUUCUUGCUGUAGGAGUACACAUGAAGCAUAGCUAUGCAAGAAGUCUAGCCCAUUUUGCUGCAAACCUUGGUCCUGUUGUUUGGAAGAUUGCUGCAAGUAAAAUCAGAGGUGUGUUGCCAGCUGGACAUGAAUUUGGUCCUGGAUGGGUAAGUGAAGACGACGGGUCAUCACAGAGGCAACACUUCCCAGUUCGUGAUGAGGGUAGAACUUCAGACCAUCCUGUACCAGAGGAUUAUAGAAGUAGAUUUUCUUCUCCAUCUGGAUCGUUUCCCCUUGCAAAUAGAUCAGGCUUGCAAAGUGGAGACAUGGCUAUAAAUAAUUACCAAAAUGACUUGAAUCCAGUAAUCAACAUACCUGGUGGGUCUGAAUCCAUAACUCCUAUGAGGAUUCAGCAGGAAUCCAUGGUGCACUCUGAUGAUUUUGGUUCACAUGAUCGGUUAGGUUCUAAUUUUCCAUCCCAAAUGAAGAUGGUAAGACUUGCUGAUCUAACUGGGUCUUCGAGUGCUGGGGUUGCUCCUCAAAUGUUUGACAUGGAUCCCCCCAUAAGCAACCACAUUGCACAUACAAAUGUUUGUCCUUCUCUUAAGGGUCAGUACUUAAGCAAAUCAAGUCAAUUAGAUUCCGGUAAUUUAUUGGCACGGGAACCUGGAUUUGAGCAACGAAGUUGGUCUCAAGGGCUUGCUGGAAAAUCAUCUUGGCAGGGAUCGGAAGUUCCCACUAAACAAAAUUCUUUUGCACUUGCUAAUGACAUAAAUGGAGAGAUUGGAACUACAAAUUCAUCUAAUUCCAACGUAGAGGCUGGUUCUCAGUUGCAGCCCAAUUUGGCAUUACAGCUCUGAUGAUAUAUUAAAUUUUUUGGAUUGAAUCCUAUCAUAUUGCUUACUAACAAUGAUAAUGUCAUGUUAUAGGAAAGAAAAGACACAAUUUAAUGGGCCGUUUUAUAUAUAUAUAUAUAUUUCAGAAGCGUUUAGAAGUAGAACCUUUUCUGAAUUUUUGUUUGUUGACUUCAUAAUAGAGGUUGGCCGUACCAGGAAGUAUACAGUUGAAUUGGUAUCGGUCAAGUCUUUAUGACAACGUGCGAUUGAGACGUUGAAUGUUCAAUAUUUCUCCCCAUUUACUAUAUUGUUUUGGGAAACAAUCCUGUUAUCGCAUCUUCAAUGUAUCAUAUAAUAAUUAAUAAUUAUUUAUAUCUAUAUAUCUA